UCUCCAUUCCCCCACAGAGACAACCAAGCUAGCUGGAAGUCUAUACGAAGGACAAGAAGUCGGAGAAUCAUCAAACUCCAUGGGAGCUGGGAUGAAGCGCUCGAGGGACGAGGAGGUAUUGUCACUGAAGCUGGCACCGACCACGGACUCAUCAACGUCGUCCACGACGUCAGCGGACUCAGCCGGGUCUCCGGCGAAGAAAGCACGGCGACGCAUGAGGGGCGCCGUGGUGGCGACAUCGGGUCAAGGGGAGUUCGUGUGCAAGACGUGUGGCCGUGCCUUCGCGUCGUUCCAGGCGCUCGGCGGCCACCGGACAAGCCACCUUCGAGGCCGGCACGAGCUGGAGCUCGGCGUCGGCGUCACCAGGGCUAUCAGAGAACGGAGAAGACGGGAGAACAAGCUGCACGAGUGCAGCAUCUGCGGCAUGGGGUUUGAGACCGGCCAGGCGCUCGGGGGACACAUGAGGCGUCACCGCGAGGAGAUGGCACUUCGCGGCCGCGGCGACGACGAGCAGUGGGUGUGUCGCGGUGUCGAGCUACAGCCGGGUCAGGUGGUGACGGGGCACCAGACCACUUCCAACCAGCCGCCCGUCUUGCUUAAGUUGUUCGUCUAGGUAGCUAGGUGGAAAGAAGGAAGACAGUGCACUUUUUUUUCUUGAUGCGUGGUCAAACACAUUUACAAGUGGAGCACGCUGCGUGGACCACUUGUAAAUGAGUUUGAUUGGAAUGAAGUAGUAUAUAGGUUCGUUAUUCGAUCUUGUAAAUACGAAAUUCAUACUAUAUACUACUCCCUUCGUCCCAAAA